AUGAAUUUACUUACUAGCGGUGUACCAAUAAACUGUGGACGAAAAUUCUGGAGAAUAUCUUGUCCAUGUCUCCAAGAUUAUAAAUCCAAACCUAUCUAUUUUCAGAAGACCAAAUAUAAUAAGAAAGAAGCGGAUUUGGUCUCAUAUAAUUUUUCUAUAGUAUGUGGGAAAAGAUAUCAAAUGUGUUCUUUACCAGUUAUAUCCAAUUUUACAGUAUGGACACAAAUUCGUUUUCAAAAAGAUUAUCCAAAACUUCACCGCGAUAUGGUACAUCCAAACUUUGAUGCAUAUAGAAAAGAAAAGUUUAAAGACGUCAGUAAAACUACCUGGCACUCUGGGGAUGAUAAAUAUGGCUAUACAUACGUGGCAGGUUUUUUUGGGCUUCUCUGUGGAAUGUAUGGCUUAAAAACAGAACUUGUGCAUUUUCUAUCAAGUAUGAGUGCCCCGGCUGACGUUCUGGCCUUAGCCAUCAUCGAAGUAGAUAUAAAAAAUAUAGCCCCUGGCACGUGCAACUCUUACAAGUGGCGUGGAAAGCCUCUUUUUAUAAAGCAUAGAACCGUUGCAGAGAUAUCUGCAGAAGCGAACACUCCUUUAUCAGCUUUAAGGGACCCACAAACCCCGGAGGAACGUACAAUAAAGCCAGAAUGGUUAAUAGUCAUUGGUGUUUGUACGCAUUUAGGUUGUGUGCCAGUGCCUAACUCAGGAGACUGGACAGGUGGAUUCUAUUGUCCUUGUCAUGGAAGUCAUUAUGACAAUAUUGGAAGAACACGAAAAGGGCCAGCUCCUUUGAACUUAGAAGUUCCACCUUAUAAGUUCCUUACUGACACUCUUGUAAUUGUAGGA